UAAACACAGGACAUCCAGAGAAAAGAAACUCUAUGGAGUUUAGUCGCUCCACUCUUACACUCAUUCAAAACUCUUUUCAUUUUCUGAAUCGUUGGCUAAAUGGAACGUUUGCAGCGCCUUUUUACACAAACUCAGAGUGGACCGCAACCCGAUGCUCCCACGAACGACACCGCUGAAACGAUAUAUAUUUCUUCACUAGCCUUGUUAAAGAUGCUUAAGCAUGGAAGAGCAGGGGUUCCUAUGGAAGUCAUGGGCCUCAUGCUGGGAGACUUUGUUGAUGACUAUACGGUAAAGGUGGUAGACGUAUUUGCUAUGCCUCAAAGUGGUACAGGUGUCAGCGUUGAAGCGGUGGACCCUGUUUUUCAGACAAAAAUGUUGGAUAUGUUGAAACAAACUGGUCGACCAGAAAUGGUUGUUGGAUGGUAUCAUUCUCAUCCUGGUUUUGGCUGUUGGCUUUCAGGUGUAGAUAUCAACACACAACAAAGCUUUGAGGCACUGAAUAGCCGUGCAGUUGCUGUGGUUGUCGACCCUAUUCAGUCUGUGAAAGGAAAGGUCGUUAUUGACGCCUUUCGAUUAAUCAAUCCACAAACCAUGCUUUUGGGUCAGGAGCCGCGACAGACUACUUCUAAUGUUGGAUACUUGAACAAACCUUCCAUACAGGCGUUAAUUCAUGGCUUGAAUAGGCACUACUAUUCGUUGGCUGUUGCUUAUCGUAAGAAUGAGUUGGAGGAACAAAUGUUGCUCAACCUACACAAGAAGCACUGGAGCACCGGUUUGGAAGUUACAGAUUUUGAGGAGCGAGCUGAGAAAAACGAAAGGGCGGUUCAAUCCAUGUUAGAGUUGGCAAAGAGUUAUAGCAAAAUGUUGGAAGAAGAACGCCAGUUGACGAAGGAACAAGCAGCUAUUGCACAUGUUGGUAAGGUUGAUGCCAAAAAGCGCUUAGAACAAGACGUGACAGAGCUGAUGAGUGAGAACAUCGACCAGUGCUUAAGUUCCAUGUUAGAUUCUGUGGUUUUCCAACAAGCUUAGAGAAACACUGUGAAACUCCUUUGAUUA